AUGACUGAUAAUCCAAGCACUCCCGAACCAAGUCCAACAACACAAGCUUCAGCUACAAGCCUGACAUCUGCUUUGUCCAUCACAACCCACGCUGUGAAAACCUCGGGAUCAUUACAUCCACAGCGCUCCCAUAACGGUUGCCCUAACGGAGCGAGCUGCGACAACACCACAGCAAGAAACCAAGGCCACCGACCCCUCAGGUUCAACUGCGCCACCCGCUCCUACCACACUGUCAACUUUGCUUCUCAACAGCUCGCCGCCUGUCACAACACCUGUGAGUAUUACCUCUUCAGCCCCCCCGUAUCCCCCACGGCCUCGAGACAGACCGCUCAGGUCAAAAAGAAAUACAAAAUCAGCUGGGAAGAGAGGGGGGAAGAAGGAGAACAGAAGUUAGAUGAUCCAAUGCAAAAACAAGAGGAGUCAACAUCAAGGAAACCAGAGGAGUGUAAGGACACUUUGGCCACCAUCUCUGAGCCAGUAACUCACAACACCUUUGGCAGGAAUGAGGGAGCCUGGAUGAGACCAAAAUCUAAUGAGGACAAAAUUUAUGUUACCAAUUUCUAUUAUGGGAAUAACCUCCUGGAGUUCCGCAGCUUAGAGGUUUUCAAACAAGGCCGUUUCACCAACUCCUACAAGCUCCCUUACAACUGGAUUGGCACAGGCCACGUGGUCUACGACGGAGCCUUCUACUACAACCGGGCCUUCUCCCGGGACAUCAUCAAGUUUGACCUGCGGCAGCGUUACGUGGCUGCCUGGACCAUGCUCCACGACGCGCUGUUUGAAGAGUCGUCGUCGCCGUGGGAGUGGCGCAGCCACUCGGACAUCGACUUUGCCGUGGACGAGAGCGGUCUGUGGAUCAUCUACCCUGCGCUAGAUGAUGAGGGAUUCCUGCAGGAGGUGGUUGUUCUCAGUCGCUUGAACCCGUCCGACCUCAGCAUGCAGAGGGAGACAACCUGGAGGACGGGGCUUCGAAGAAAUCACUUUGGCAACUGCUUCAUUGUCUGUGGCGUCCUGUAUGCUGUUGACAGCUAUAACCAGAGGGAGGCCAACCUGGAAUAUGCUUUUGACACACACACAAAUACUCAGAUGAUUCCCAGGAUGCCCUUCAUCAACAACUACACCUACACCACGCAGAUUGACUACAACCCCAAGGAGGGUGUUUUGUACGCGUGGGACAAUGGACAUCAAGUCACUUACAACAUUAAAUUUGCAUAUGUAGACCCUUAGUAAGGGCAUGAAAGUCCCUUUUAAUAUUUGUUAAUUCUUUAUUUGAAUGGAUUGUAGAUCAGUCCACAUGGCCCUCAGUGGAGGAAAAAUAACAGCCAAAUGUACAAAUGUGCUUUUAGCACAUUGUCUGUAAAUUGCAGUUUUGUUUUUUGUGUUUUUUACAUUUUUAUCAAAAUAAAUGAAUGACUGACUCAC